CCGUUGCUAGAAAUAGGACAGUCGCAUCACUACCACUGAGCAAUUUGCACUGGGCGGACCAGCCCCUCCACUCCUCGGCUCCCGCAGCCCUCUGGGCGUUGGUUGCGUUUCUGGCCGCUUUUAGACAGUGUUGGACCUUGGCUGCCUGGCUUCACUGAGAACUCUACCCCAAAGAGGAAGCUGUGAGGGGAAUAUCUGCUUUGUUUGCAGGAGAGUGGUCAAGCUACAAGCAAAUCCUUAGGCAUCAGAGGAACUGUGAAGUGUCUAGACUUCAUGCGGUGCUGACAGGGAGGGGCGAGUCAGCGUCUCCGUGCCUUCCUCACCAUGGAUAAUCUGUUGCCUCAGUCGAGAUUCUCUUUUUUCAAAAAAUAUCCUCUCCAUGCAAUUAGAAAAUAUUUAUCCAUGCUGAGAAACCAAAGAGCCGAAGAACAGGUUGCACGUUUUCAAAAAAUUCCUAAUACUGAAAAUGAGACAAUGAUUCCUGUAUUGACAUCAAAAAAAGCAAGUGAAUUACCAGUGAGUGAAGUUGCAAGCAUUCUCCAAGCUGAUCUUCAGAAUGGUCUAAACAAAUGUGAAGUAAGUCACAGGCGAGCCUUCCAUGGCUGGAAUGAGUUUGAUAUCAGUGAGGAUGAGCCCCUGUGGAAGAAGUAUAUUUCUCAGUUUAAAAACCCCCUUAUUAUGCUGCUUCUGGCGUCUGCAGUCAUCAGUGUUUUAAUGCAUCAGUUUGAUGAUGCCGUCAGUAUCACUGUGGCAAUACUCAUCGUCGUCACGGUUGCCUUUGUUCAGGAGUACCGUUCAGAAAAAUCUCUUGAAGAACUGAGUAAACUUAUGCCACCAGAAUGCCAUUGUGUGCGUGAAGGAAAAUUGGAACACACCCUUGCGCGAGACUUGGUUCCAGGUGAUACAGUUUGCCUUUCUGUUGGGGACAGAGUUCCUGCUGACUUACGUCUGUUUGAGGCGGUGGAUCUUUCCAUCGAUGAGUCUAGCCUGACGGGGGAGACGACGCCUUGUUCUAAGGUGACAGCUCCUCAGCCGGCUGCAGCCAAUGGAGAUCUUGCUUCAAGAAGUAACAUUGCCUUCAUGGGGACACUGGUCAGAUGUGGAAAAGCAAAGGGAAUUGUCAUUGGAACAGGAGAAAAUUCUGAAUUUGGGGAGGUUUUUAAAAUGAUGCAAGCAGAAGAGGCACCAAAAACCCCUCUGCAGAAGAGCAUGGACCUCUUAGGAAAGCAGCUUUCCUUUUACUCCUUUGGUAUAAUAGGUAUCAUCAUGUUGGUUGGCUGGUUACUAGGAAAAGAUAUCCUGGAAAUGUUUACUAUCAGUGUAAGUUUGGCUGUCGCAGCAAUUCCUGAAGGUCUUCCCAUUGUGGUCACAGUGACUCUAGCCCUUGGUGUUAUGAGAAUGGUGAAAAAAAGGGCCAUUGUGAAAAAACUACCUAUCGUUGAAACUCUAGGCUGCUGUAAUGUUAUCUGUUCCGAUAAAACUGGGACCCUGACGAAGAAUGAAAUGACUGUCACCCACGUGUUCACAUCGGACGGCCUGCGCGCUGAGGUUACUGGAGUUGGCUACAAUCCAUUUGGGGAGGUGCUUGUUGAUGGUGAUGUUGUCCAUGGGUUCUAUAACCCAUCUGUUAGCAGAAUUGUUGAGGCGGGCUGUGUGUGCAAUGAUGCUGUAAUUAGAAACAACACCCUAAUGGGGAAGCCAACGGAAGGGGCCUUAAUUGCUCUUGCCAUGAAGAUGGGUCUUGAUGGACUUCAACAGGAUUAUAUCAGAAAAGCUGAGUACCCUUUUAGCUCUGAGCAGAAGUGGAUGGCUGUUAAGUGUGUGCACCGAACGCAGCAGGACAGACCAGAGAUUUGUUUUAUGAAGGGUGCUUAUGAGCAGGUGAUUAAGUAUUGUACUACAUAUAACAGCAAAGGGCAGACCUUGGCCCUCACCCAGCAGCAGCGGGAUCUGUACCUGCAGGAGAAGGCCCAGAUGGGCUCGGCUGGGCUCCGAGUUCUUGCUUUGGCUUCUGGUCCUGAACUGGGACAGCUGACAUUUCUCGGCCUGGUAGGAAUCAUUGAUCCUCCUAGAACCGGUGUGAAAGAAGCUGUUACAACACUCAUUGCCUCAGGAGUGUCAAUAAAAAUGAUUACUGGGGACUCACAGGAGACUGCAGUUGCAAUCGCUAGCCGUCUGGGAUUAUAUUCCAAAACCUCCCAGUCAGUCUCAGGAGAAGAAAUAGAUGCCAUGGACGUCCAGCAGCUUUCACAGAUGGUGCCGAAGGUUGCAGUAUUUUACAGAGCUAGUCCGAGGCACAAGAUGAAAAUUAUUAAGUCUCUGCAGAAGAAUGGUUCGGUCGUGGCCAUGACGGGAGAUGGGGUAAAUGAUGCGGUUGCUCUGAAGGCUGCAGACAUUGGGGUCGCAAUGGGUCAGACUGGCACAGACGUCUGCAAGGAGGCAGCAGACAUGAUCCUUGUGGAUGAUGAUUUCCAGACCAUCAUGUCUGCAAUUGAAGAGGGUAAAGGGAUUUAUAAUAACAUUAAAAAUUUUGUUAGAUUCCAGCUAAGCACGAGUAUAGCAGCACUGACUUUAAUCUCACUGGCCACAUUAAUGAACUUUCCCAAUCCUCUCAAUGCCAUGCAGAUUUUGUGGAUCAACAUUAUUAUGGAUGGACCUCCAGCGCAGAGCCUUGGAGUAGAGCCUGUGGAUAAAGAUGUCAUUCGUAAACCUCCCCGCAACUGGAAGGACAGUAUUUUGACCAAAAACCUGAUACUUAAAAUACUUGUUUCCUCAAUCAUCAUUGUUUGUGGGACUUUGUUUGUCUUCUGGCGUGAGCUACGAGACAACGUGAUAACACCUCGUGACACAACAAUGACCUUCACGUGCUUUGUGUUUUUUGACAUGUUCAAUGCCCUGAGUUCCAGAUCCCAGACCAAGUCAGUGUUUGAGAUUGGACUCUGCAGUAAUAAAAUGUUUUGCUAUGCAGUUCUUGGAUCCAUCAUGGGACAAUUACUAGUUAUUUACUUUCCUCCACUUCAGAAAGUUUUUCAGACCGAGAGCCUAAGUGUACUGGAUCUGCUGUUCCUUCUGGGUCUCACCUCGUCGGUGUGUGUAGUGGCCGAGAUUAUAAAGAAGGUGGAACGGAGCCGAGAGAAGACCCAGAAGCACGCCCCCGCCACACCGCCGUCCUUUCUUGAAAACCUUUCUUAGGAGGUAUAGGAUGCUGUACGUAAAGAGUAGAAAAGCCACAGCCUGAACAGACGGUUCGGGAGCCGGAGGACGCGUGGAGGACUGCGGCCCUGCUACUCGCCUGUGUGCAGCAACCUGGCCGAGGCGGCAGCCAUGCCCCGAGCCUGCCCUCUGCUCCCUUCUGUCUGUCUGUCCAGUCUCCGUGUUUCAGCGGGCGCACCGGGGAGGCGCGGGCUGGCCCUGGUGUGCCGACAGUGGUUACAGUAGCUUGGUGAGGUACAGGUCGUCGGUGUUGAGUAUGCGGCAAAUUUGGGCCAGAAAUUCAAAAUUUGAAAUCAGUUUUCCUGUUGAAUAUUUCUCUCUGAAACAGAAAUGAGUCUCAGGUUCUUAAUGUUUAAUUCUUCUUGAAGUUAGUGAGCUUUGUGCUUUAUAAUUCUUCAUUUGUCAGCCUGUCAGGAUGAAGCACUCUGGUUGUCAUCACUAGUGUUACACUGCAGUGUUAGCACUGAAGUGCUGUCAUUAACAGUUGGGAAGAUGGCUCUUCUUUGGGUCCUUGGUACUGAAGCUCUUUAGUAGUAGGACCUGAGGUGUCUGCAGUUUAUUCUGCUUUAUUCUUUAAGGCUCAGUAGUCAAAUGUACAUGGAAGCCAUUGUCUCGACUUUAUCUUUAGUGACCGUGGGGUCUCGUAUGUACAUUUUGUAAUGAGUUUUCUUCUCUGUUACAAAGACUUGAAAAACAUGUUAAGUGCACGUCAGUCUUUUGCUGUCUGCAUUUUAGGUUCAGAGUAUGAUUCAUACGAAAUAAAUGUGCCUAUCCUUUUGUUCA